AUGGGCGGAGAAAGGGCGAGCCCGUCUCCAACCCGGCUGCUAGAUCCAAGUGCGAUCCCUGCAAUCUCAAUAGCCGCCGUGCCUCAGCAGCAGCGGGACUGGAACUGCAACGAUCACAAACACGGACACACUCCCCGGAGUGUGCCCGGCGGGAGCGGAGCGUUUGCAGUGGUGCUGUUGAGUUUACUCUCGGCCGGGGCUCAGACCGAGAUGAAGCGGGUUGUCGGGGACAAUGCCACAUUGCCUUGUCAUCACCAGUUCUGGCAGUCGAAUGGACAAACACUGGACAUCGAAUGGCUCCUGCAGAAACCCAACGUCAAACAACGUGUGAUCAUCACAUUCUUCAACAACGAGGUCUACACUAACGACAAUCAUGCCAGUCGUCUGUCCUUUGCAGGCGACUACCUGAACGGAGACGCCUCUCUCCUGAUCAACGAUCUGCAGCUGGCCGACUCUGGAGAAUACCAUUGUAAGGUCAAGACCGGCGGCAAAUACCACUGGAGCCAAGUCAACCUUAUUGUGCUGGUGAAGCCGUCUAAACCCCGCUGCUGGAUGGAUGGCCGGCUUCUGGAGGGCAGUGAUGUGAAACUGAGCUGUAAGUCUUCAGACGGAUCCGACCCUAUUCACUACAAAUGGGAGAGAGUUCUGGAUAAGGGCAAGAGCGUGGGAAAACUGCCUUCCCGCGCACUCAUCGAUCUGAAGAACCCAGAGAUCGUGACCUUGAGGAACUUGACGCAGGACAGCUCUGGGGUCUACAAGUGCACCGCCAGCAACGAUGUAGGAGAGGAGAACUGUAUCAUCGAGGUCACAAUGCAAUAUGUGCGGGGCAUAGGUGUGGUGGCUGGAGCCGUGGUUGGUGUUUCAUUCGGCGUUCUGCUCCUCAUUCUCAUCAUCUGGCUGGUCUUCCGCAAGAAGGAGAAGAAGAAAUAUGAGGAGGAGGAGACACCUAAUGAGAUCAGAGAGGAUGCAGAAGCUCCUAAAGCCAAGCUGGUGAAGCCCAACUCCCUCUCCUCGUCUCGCUCUGGCAGCUCCCGCUCCGGUGCCUCCUCCACACAGUCAAUGGUGCACAACAGCGCACCCCGAGGCCAGCGUCCACGGCCACCCGCUGUCGCCACCCUCAAGGAGAACGGUCAGCCCCACGGGUUCCCCCAGUCUCCCCCGGCCUACACGCAGGUCGUGCCUAAAACCCCAGAACCCCCGGCCACCCCAAAAUUCAGACCCCCCAAUCCUCCAGUGGGCAUGGCCAUCCCGGCGGGCGUCAUGGUCCCUGCUCAAAGCAAGGCCUUUCAGACAGUGUAGAGAGUAAAGGAAGCGCAGCCUGGUGCGGGUCUCCGUACAAGACACCCAACAGUGACUCUUCCAAAAGUUGCAACUACGAUUGGAAAAAUAAAAUACAAAAAAUAAAAGCAUAAUUAAAAAAUAAAAUCAAUCAUAUAAAAUCUAAAAAGAUGAAUGCAUAUUUACAAGGGAAAAUACACAGUGCUUGCCCCCUUCUGAAGCAUUAAAAAAAGAAAACAAGGGAGGAACUGAAGAAAAAUAAUUUUUAUUCUCAUUCUUUGGUUCUCUCCCCUUCUUUUGAUCUCUUGGCACAGUCUGACCCUUUUUCACAUUUUUUGUUUUGCUUUCUCUUUUUGAGCUCUUGAAGGCUUUGGGGGCGGUGGGUUGGAAAGAUUUCCCCAAGUGCAGUUUAUUUAUUUAAUGCAUCAGAGAGGCUAAAGGUUCAAGGGCUGGCUGGGUUUAUGAAACAUGAUGGUGAGAGGAAGGACCAGCCGAUUCUGAAGAGAAAUGAAGGAUAUUAUCCAAGAACCUGUUGUUUCUGUCGAAGACGUGGGGGCAGCUCUGGGAACAUGAACUGUCCAUCUCAUUCCCAUUCAAUUUUCCCAGAAUGCAAUGCAACAUAGACUGUGGCUCGGACAUCAAAAUCAAAGGCAAUCUUAUUAAUACCUUAACAAACCACUGAAAAGAAGUGAAGUGAUCGGAAGAAAUGGUCCCCGAUGGACAUUUCAGCACGUGGAUGACACCGUGUCAUUGAUGUAGCGACACAGAGAGACUUUAACAGUUCAGUCAUCAUGUAACACACUGUGGGGCGAAUUCACUGGACGGUUUUGCUACCUUAGCACGCUAUAUUUCACAAAAAACACCCGUUUAAAUGAUGCCAUUUUGGUUUUUGCGCAAACCCACUUUUUCUAUGUAAAUUAGGCUGAUAUUGUAUCUUUUCAUCAAAAAUCACUGCUCCUAAUGUUUUGCUAUUACUGCCCACAGAUGCAGAUGGAAAGCAGUGAUAAUUCAUCAAAUGAUGAUUAAAUGAUGGAAGAAGAGCAUUGUAUCUGGUAAACCUUUAUUUUGGUAGUCCACUUCCAAUAGCUAUAAGUAAUUUUGCAACUACAUGUCAACUAGCAGCCAUUAGAGUAUUAGACUGUCU